CCACGCCGGCGGCCGCCUCGCAGCGACAUGAGCCGCGGGCUGACUCUGCUGCUGCUGCCGCUGGCGCUGCUGGCGGCCCCGGCGCGGGCCGAGGGCGGCACGGCGGCGGCGGAGCAGGUUCAGAUAGAGGUGCUGCACCUCCCCGAGACCUGCAGCCCGAAGAGCAAGAAGGGCGAUCUCCUGAACGCGCACUAUGACGGAUUCCUGGCCAGCGACGGAUCCAAGUUUUAUUGCAGUCGGACGCACAAUGAAGGUCAUCCAAAGUGGUUCGUUCUGGGUGUUGGACAAGUCAUAAAAGGGUUAGAUAUUGCUAUGAUGAAUAUGUGUCCUGGAGAAAAACGGAAAGUGACGAUUCCUCCAUCACUAGCAUAUGGACAGCAAGGAUACGCACAAAGCAAGAUUCCACCCAAUGCAACACUGAUCUUUGAGAUUGAACUUUAUGCAGUAAAUAAGGGACCUCGUAGUGUUGAAGCAUUUAAUCAAAUAGACAAGGACAGUGACAAGAAACUCUCUGCACUUGAGAUAAGCCAGUAUUUGAAAGAAGAAUUUGCAAGAGAUGGCAAAAAACGUCAUCCCUCAGCCCACGAUGAAAUCUUAGCUGACAUAUUUAAGAAGAAUGACCAUGAUGGAGAUGGCUUCAUAUCAGCAAAGGAGUACAAUGUCUACCAGCACGAUGAACUCUAA